AUGUCUUUCAAGGACAUCGACCUCUCUUUACUGUCACAUAUCAUCGAAUCUCUGAGCGGUCCUUACUUACGUCUAUCUCACCACUUACGAAGGCUUCCCCCACUCUACUUCACCUUCACCCACUAUACUUCAUCGCCAAAUGGAGGAAAUCAAAGCAAACGAUUUCGCCAGAGGGUAAGUUACUCAACGUACAACAACAAAACCAAAGCUCACCUCUGCAGUGUACUUUCCAGCCCUCGCGUGACCAUCCGAAUCAGCAAUGGUAUCCAAGAAUACAAAGUCUCACGAGAGCUCUUGUGUGAGCAAUCACCCUACUUCGCAGCCAUGUUCCAGGGAAAAUUCCGCGAAGCCAAAGACCAGAGCGUAACACUGCAAGCUAUGGAAGGGGUCAUAUCCGAGCAGAGCUUCGAGGGAUUCGUGCAGUGGAUAUGCAUUAAACGAGUGACCUUUGAUCUUGCGAGCCCCAGUGAUCAAAUAACAGCAUUCAUUGAGCUGGCACGGCUGGCAGAUAUGUGUGGGAUGGUCGAAAUGCAGGAAUACCUUGCCUCCAGCGUCAAUGGAAUCCUUAAGAGAGGCUACUACGAUAGCAACCCCGAAGCACCACGCUCUCUGUCAAAACAUCUCACCACUCAGCAUGUUUGUUCUGCCACUGCGCUACCGGAGGGACAUCCUCUCUUUCGUGUUCUGUGUGUCGCCUCGGUCCGGGAUAUUCUUGAGAAGAAAAGCUCCAGACUUGUUGAGGCGACUCGACCGAAUCACCGAUAUGCGGCGGGCGUUCUUCAGGAGGUAAUUGUAUCUUUGGAUGGUAUGAGUUUGAGUCUGACCCAGGACUCGAGCGCAAAGAAUAUGACUGCUGUUUGUUAUGGCCGUGAUUUCAUCUGUGGGACACAAAUAAGCAUCGCUACUACCAAAAAACGAAUUCAAUGA